AUGCGAUCUCGGAAGGCAGGCCUCCCCUUCACAAUACGAGCUCGGAAGCUCCGGAAGCUCGGAAGCUCCGCCUUCAGAGUGUGUCCUGCUGGUCAGAUCGUAAAGGAUGGUAAAUGUGAGGCUUGUGCUGCCGGGCAGUACGAGAUUGAAGGACAGUGCUCGCCUUGUGCUGCCGGAUCAUUCUCCGACCAAGCUGGCUCUGUGACCUGUGACCUGUGCGUUGCUGGACAUUACAGUGCUGAGGGUGCCUCACAGUGUUCGGAGUGCUCUGCUGGACAAUACCAGGACAAGACAGGACAGGCUAAUUGUGAGGACUGUGCUGCUGGAUACUACGGACCUGCCGCCGCUGCCGCUAGCUGUGUCAAGUGUGCUGCCGGGUUCUUCAACUCACAACAGGGACAGGCUGCUUGCCAAGAGUGUCCAGCUGGAACCAUCACCGAGAUUGAGGGUCAGCUCUCCUGCCAGGAAUGUGAUGCCGGAAGCUACUCCAUCUCCUCCUCUCAAUGUGAGCAGUGUCCUGCCGGACAAUUCUCUGACGAUAAGGCUGCCGUGUGCUCACUCUGUGCUGCCGGCUCCUACACCCCUUAUGAAGGAUCUUCUGGUUGCAUGCCCGCCCCUGCUGGUAAAUACGUAGACUCGGAGGGUGCUGUUGAUGCUAAGGUCUGUCCAGCAGGAAGUUACUGUGAGGAGGGUGCUGUUGAUGCUAAGGUCUGUCCAGCAGGAAGUUACUGUGAGGAGGGCUCUGUCGCUCCUACUGACUGCCCAGCAGGAAGUAUCUGCGGAGAAGGAUCCUCUUCUGGAACACCCUGUCCUAUUGGAACAUACAACCCCAACGCUGGUUCUGUCUCACUUGAUGAGUGCGUUGUGUGUCCUGCCGGGAGAUACUGUGACCAGGCUGGUUUAGUAGCCCCCUCCGGUCUCUGCAGUGCUGGAUAUUACUGUCCUGCUGGAAGUGAAUCUGCUCAAGAGGAGAUUAGCCCUGCUGGUCACUACUGCCCAGAUGGUUCAGUUGAACCCACACCUUGUCCUAGAAGUACUUACAAUGAGCUGGCUGGUGCUGUGUCUGCUGAUGGCUGCAAAGCUUGCCCAGAGGGUAAAGAAACUGCCCAGAAAGCAGCAAUUUCCGCCGACCAAUGCAAAGAUAUCAACUGUGUUCCGGGAUACUUCAGGGAUCCUGAUCAAGGCUGCCAGAUCUGCCCUAAGGGUACAUUCAGCAACAUUGCAAACGCUGUCGCUUGCAGGUCCUGUCCUAGACACCAGUACAACUCUGCUGAAGGAGCUGUACAGUGCAUGCAGUGUCCAGACACUGCAUUCACAUGGUCUGAAAGAACUGACUCUCUGGAUGGCUGCAUUGGACCCGUUAUAGAGGUGUGCACCGGAGAAGACAUGACUGGAAACUGCUACCGUUACUACGACAACGAAAUGCUGGUAAAUGUCACAGUAAAAUCUGUCAAGGUUAUAAGCGGAGAGUUUGAUUUGUUCGACUUAUCCAACAAGAGGGGAUACUACACAAAGCUUGCAGAGAGACACGGAGCUCACAACGUGAAUCAACUUGGAAGACUCUCCAACGUCGGAUCCUUCGUUGCCCUCAUAAACGACGUGUUCUGCAGCCUGGACCAGGGCUGGAAGUACCAUGGAUCUAUCCGGAAGACCUCAAAGUCUGGCAAGGCCUGCAUCAACUGGAAGAGGACUCCUGAAGCUGGCAGAGCGGCUCCAAACCACUUCUGUCAGAAUCCCUAUGGAUACGGACACGCUACCAAACCCUACUGUUACAUCAGCAAAACAGAGAAAGAAGAUUGUGACAUCCCGUCCUGUAUAUGGGACAUGGACUGCUUUACCGGUAACGGAGUCCAAUACCGAGGAAAGGUUGGUGACACAAUCAGUGGACACGUCUGCCAGAACUGGAACACUGACUACCCUGUUAUCCACAGCUACCACUCUCCCGAAUACAACUGGGCUGGUGUAGGUGAGCACACAAAUUGCAGGAACCCGAGCCCGGAGAGCGAGGGUAGACCCUGGUGCUUCAAGGACUACUUCUGGUCUUGGUUUGAGAUCUGGGAUUAUUGUGAUAUUCCUGCCUGCUCCAGAGCCAAGUUUGAUUUCUACCGUUUCUAAGGAUGCAAUUGAUGUAUUGUAUUAAAAUUUAUGAUUGGUAAAAAGUUUGAAUAUUAAUGGUAUGAAAUAAA